ACAAGCGGAACUCAGAGAGCACACAGAGCAGUGCUGACACCGGCAGAGGGAAAUGCGUACGGGGUUAUGGAAAGGACCAGCCAGUGAUCACUGAGAGUCACCGCACAGACCGCGCUAGUACACAGCUACCAGAAAACCCUUCUCCAGCGUAACGUCCCAGGCUGCCGUGUGUUGCUGCGCACAGACUGGAUUAACAGGUUGGCAAGAAACAAAGUAGAUUGCGCCACGCACCGCGGAAACCCCCUGCAACUCCCUGCCGGUCGCGUGUUCUGGAUUGUGUUUAGAACACGGAUUCAGAAUCAUAUUAACCGAUCCGUCCAUGGGAGCCACAAUGGUCUGGAAGUUUGGGAUUAUUGUGAUUAUCUCCUUGGUUGGAAAGCUCAGUGCUGUGCAGAAAUGUCUUAAUGUUUUCACUGACAAACACCUGGAAUAUCUGGAUGAAAUGAUUGCUGGCCAGUUAGAGUCUGCAUGUACUAUUAGGAAAGACCUCAUAAUAAAAGGACACUUGACAGACUAUUGCUACAAUAAAAUAAGGUUGCAUCAACUAUGGAAUCUCUUGGGUAGUCUAACAUUUAAAAAUGGUUCACUCAGUCAUAAGCACACCGAGCUUCUAAAAGACCUGUACAAAAAUGAAAUGACAGGCUGCAUCAACAGUGAUGACAUAAAAGAGGAACACAUCAUGGCCUGCUCAGAAACUACAGACUUGAGUCCUACUGGCAUCUUGGAGACAGUCAGGGGUUCAUUUUUGAUAUAUCAAAAGUUCCAACCAGAUUUUGAAUCUGAUGAAGAAUGUGAAGUUCUCUAUAAUAAAUGCAGCAAAGUAGAUGAUUACCCUACUACUAAAGGUAUUGAAUGUUCUUGUCCUUCCUCAACAACAUUAAUUACCCAGAAGUCUCUACAUGGCUUGUCAGAACAUAAAUCUGCCACAUAUACAGCAAGCCCCCCUUCCCAUACCACUCCCUUGGUAAAGGGCAUGAGUAGCACUUAUCCACACAAGCCAACAAGUCCUCAGAGGAGCACUCAAGGAGCAGGCACUUCAUCAGUCAUCUCUACAAAUAUGCCAACUGAACUACAGGCACUGACUGCAACCAUGGAUCAUUCACAUGCUGCUACCACACUGCAUGUUGGGGCUAACACAGUGUCUUCACAUAAUAAUAUGGAUCUUACACUCAUAAGCACAGAAUUUCCAAAAGGUACCACUGAGAUACUAGACAUGACCUUAAAUCCAUCUCGGUCUAGUUCAAAUCCGCAGCAAGUCAGCAAAGAGCCUUCAAAUUCAAAUAAAGAAUGGUUAUAUGCUGAAAGUGUGCCCCCUACCACAGGUGGUCCAAGCACUAAUGCAUAUUCUAUCAUAAAUGAAGAAUUUUCUAAUAUCACAAAACCAAUUGUUGGUGAAAUGCUGAACACUAAACAGAGCGACUUUGUUUCCCAGCACUCAAAAGUGCCAAUCUUUGGGAAAUAUCUUUCUAAGCCCAGCAAAGAACCUGGCAUAGAGUCUUCAUCUAGCAGUGUGACCAAAAUACGACGAUCAUUAAUAGAUGUGGAUGAAAUUUCGAAAGCAUUUGUGAGAACACCUACCCUAUCCACUGGGGACAGUGGCACAUAUAUCCCCUUUCUAAGCUUACUGCAUGCAAGCUUCCCAUCCACUGGAAAUGGCUUGUCUACCUCUGAAUCUUCUGUGUUACAGGAGAAAGGGACAGUGGAGAGAAACCUUGGUUGGGCUUCUAACUACUUUUCUGCUAGUACACUUACUACUAAGUCCUCUAGAACUGGACUCCUUAUGUCAUCUCCUAGUUUGAGAGUCACGCAACUACUAUCAGAGGUUUCUCGGCAACACACACCAUUAACCGCGCAUAAGGGAGGGUACACACACAAUAUUCUUCCACUGCAAGAGGUAGAGCUAGCUGAUUUCAUGUCUGACAACAGGGAAAACCGCUUUGUCGGUCCCAACCACGGCUCUAAUCUGCUCCAUCUCAUUGCAACAGAGAAGCAUGGUGAUGACAAAACAGAAGAACACAGGAAGUCCAACCUUUUCAUCAUCUUCAUCAUCAUUCUAAGCAUCCUGGGACUACUGUGGCUAUGUGGUCUUCUUUACUACAGAUAUCAUUAUCGGUUAUUACAAAGACGACUACAUAGAGAUUGUGACCUACAGUUCCCUGAAGAGAGCCCCUUACAAUUACAAAUAACUGAAAUAGUGUAGCGGGCAUAAUUUCAUUGUUUGAAGAAUGAAUUUGUAAAGGUUGCUGACAGCCACACGGAGCUUGUCUUGCCUGGAUUGCACAUACAGUAAGAGGGGAAUUGCAUCAUUCCGAUUAUCACCUGCUGUAAAGUUAUCAUGUCUUGUUACCUAUUAGGUUAAAACAUGUAACGCAGACUCGCCCUGCUUCUUACUUAGCCGGAGGCUGGCUUUGCUCAUGAGCCAGACAAAUACCUGAAAAAUCCUUUCCGUCCAUAGGAAUCAGUUUUCAUGUGAAUAUUAUUUACUCUGCUGAACACGACCUAUCCAUCGAACAGACUGGGGCUAGUGUAAAGUGCCUCACAUAGGAAAUGUUUGAAAAACUGAGACUAUGAAUUGCAGUUACUGAAUGUCAUAUACAGUUAUUUUGGUUCAUGUACGUACAAAAGGGAAAGCUGAUCACAGCAGUAGUGAAUUCCUGUAAAUACAUUUUUUACUACAGGUGAAUGGAAGCAGAGCGUGUAUACCGAUAAGCAGGGAGGAUAUCAACUACUUGUAACCUUACUGAAUUGACUUUGUAACAGACUGAAGGAGUUUCAAUAGUUUUCAGUUUGUUUAUGGGACAUUGUAAAAGGAUAUACUGGAUAUCAAAGUGCCAUUAUAUUGUGUUAGUCAUUUGUUUCAGGUUUAUUUGUCUAGUUGUGUACACUUAAAUCUGCUUCCUCUUUGCUUACAACGCCUCCCUAAGGACUCUUGCUUUAGAAAGCUGCCAGCAAUGGGGAGUGAGUAGGCAGAUAAAUGCAUUCUAUACAUGGUCACUGUUCAUGCCGCUGUCACUUUAAUGAUGCGAAGGGAAUGUUACCAGUAAGGUUUCAUUUCUGUUUUUUAAGCAAAAGAUUGUAAUUGAUAUGUUAGUUUUAGGACACUGUAAAUUUCUAUGAGCAUGGCAUCUUACAGAGUGGCAUAAAAUAUAAUACAAAUGAUGUGAUAUUAUGACAUAAAGAAUAUUCGUUUUGCACUUCAAUAUAAAUGGUAACCCUGACACUUGUGAUAUCACGGUACUAUGAUUUCUCCAUAUCUAGACUAGAAGGUGCUAAACUUUGCCCAGAACAUUGCUCUGUGCUUGAUGUGCACUUAGCAAUGAUACUUAUACAUGAACUGUAAAGAGUACUGAACUUAUUAGUCAACUCUUAGUUCAUCACUCACCCUGAUUGGCGGAGUCUCCCACUAAUAGGAUAAUUAAAUUCAAUAAUUAAAUAAAAUAUUUAGAAUUUAAUAGUGAGGAUCCCCUGUAUGCCUGCAGGGGUCCUGCCAAUCAUGGUAUUGACAGAGCUCAGGUAAGCAAGUCCAGUUUUUGUUUUGACUUUAUUUUUUUAAUUCUCCCAAAAAUAUUAUUUCCAUUUUAGUUGGAAUUUGCUUUUUAAGUUUUGGAAUGUGAUAAAUUAAAACUGAAUUCAAUAGGAGACCAUAUAAUCACUUUCUGAGUCAGCAGAUCUGUUGUCAAAAGAGGAAGGCAGUUUAUUUUUACAAUGUAUGAAAACUUACUAAUUUGACUUGUUUCUCUUUAAAGAGUCUGCACUUGGCUAAAAAAAAAUGCUGUGUCAUUAAUUUAGGAUUUUAAAGAGGAGUUGACCUCCUCUGGGAUGUUUAGACCUUUCUGUGCUGGCCAUAGGAUUGAUUCCCGGAGUUUGUUUGUUUUUUGGAUUAAAAGCCUUUCUAAUGUAUUUUUAUAUUUUAACAUUAUAAUUGUGUGUAUUUUUAAUAUGUUUAUUUAAAUAAAAAGAAAAAUAUGUAUUUAAUAAAUGUUUUUAUAUGUA